UCUAGUGACUAUUUUAGAAACCUAAAAAAAAUUUUAAAUUACUGUUUAUAAUUUGGCAAAAGUGGCACGAAAGGGCAGUCGAUAUCAAAUAUGGGACGUAAAAUGCGUAAAAGAAGGACAAAAAUUAUUUUUGAAAAAUUUAGAUAACAAGGGUGCUAUUAACAUCUGCAAGGAAGGGACAAUUGCUAUGGACGUAAUGGUGGAUGCAAAUCGAAAGAUGCAAGUUGAAAAAUUACUUCGUGACAGAGAUAUAGAAUUUGAGGUCACAGGCACCGACGGAUCGCGUAAUAAAAGUCCCACCACCGGCUACCUCAGCCCAAGACCAAAGUCACCAAAACGCACACUGGAUUGGAAGGAUUUCUAUCCCCUAAAUGUAAUCUACAAUUUCAUGGACAAUUUAGAAAUUCAAUAUCCUUCAUCGUGUUCCGUGACCUCUAUAGGUCAGUCAGUGGAAGGAAGAGAUAUAAAGAUGUUAAAAAUUUCUAACAGUAACGCCGGCAAUUCCGGUGUAUGGAUAGAUGGGGGCAUUCACUCACGUGAAUGGAUUACUGUAUCUGUUGUAACUUAUAUUGCUGAUCAGUUUGCAAGAAAUUUAGACAAUCUUCCUGAAAAUAUAACUAAUAAAGAUUGGUAUUUUCUUCCUGUUGUGAAUCCUGAUGGCUAUCAUUAUUCUCACACUAAUGAACGCAUGUGGCGAAAGAACAGAGCUCGUGUUGGAAACUCAAUUUUUGGUGUUGAUCUCAAUAGAAAUUUUGGAUAUUAUUGGGGACGAGGUGGGGUAGAUAGUUCUUCUGAAGAUCCAAGUCAUCUUAACUUUAGAGGAUCUGAACCAUUUUCGGAACCCGAAACUGCUGCAAUCAAGGAUUUUAUUUUAUACUCCAGUACUCGCUUUAAGAUAUUCCUAACAUUCCACGCCUAUAGUGAGGUCAUAAGUUUUCCAUGGUGUUUUACGGCUGACCCUUGUGCCGACUAUGUUAAUCUCCUGGAAGGAGGUACAACGAUGUCUAAAUUUUUAUUUUCAGGCAAUUUAUAAUGUUAAUGGUCGUAUGUAUAAAGUUGGGAACUUUAAGGAUUUAAUGUAUUUUGCAACCGGAACAAGCAUUGACUGGAGCUAUGGAACUGCGCGUAUUCCAUUUUCUUAUUUAAUAGAACUAAGGAGC